AUGCUCACCAAGCAGUUCUGGAUGUCGGUUAUAUCGACACAUCAUAUGAUGCCUUACAAGCAAACUGUGGUCGGAUCCCGACCCCCAUCCCCGGUGUGGAUCUAUGACAACUCGUUCACAAAGUGUGGUGAGAUUUUCGAAGAUGUCGAAGUGGGGUUCAUGCUCGUUGGCCACACGCAUACCGACAUAGACGCGACUUUUAGUGUUUUCUCGAAAAAACUGAAGGACAAUGAUGCUUACACCAUGAAGCAGUUGUUCUCGCUUAUCGAGUCGUCGCACAAGAUACCGCAGAAGUGCAUUGAGCUCGAUCACAUUGCCGAUUGGCGCCGGGUAGUGGAUCGAUACGUCGAUAGAACCAUCGUCGGCGUAUCGAAACCGCACCUCUUCAAAUUCUUCAUGCAUGACGACAGUCCCAUCAUGGUGUACAAGAAGUACUAUACCGAUGCGGAAUGGAUGCCGGAAGGCAGAGCAGUUCACUGGUUCCCGGUUGUCGAUGGCCAGUAUGCAGACCCUGCCUCCCCUCCACAGCUAUGUGUUAUUCCUCGUGUCGUUAAAGACGAUUUUCGGAUGGCUCGUGACAGUGUCCAAAAAUUUGUGGACGUCCUUGAACAGCAUAGACACAUGUGGCAGACAUAUAGGAAGGAGGAGGUCGACAAGCGGGAGGAUGCUUUGUCUUACUGGAAAGCCAUCUUCGUCGAGGCGGACGACAUGAUCCAAAAGCAAAAGAAGAAGGAGACGGAAGAGGGUGAGGAAGAGGAUGUCCUCGGGGCGAACGAGCCGGAGAUCUACCCUCACACCUUCUGACCACAAUCAGUCGAGACUGU